UGCAACGUGAACGCACGCAACUUUAGAGAGAGAAACUAGAGAGAGAGAGGGGAGAGAGGGAGGAGCGCCGACCAAAAAGUUUCUUGAGUUUUGCGAAGCUUUGGCGCGUUCCCCUGUUCAGCUUCUUCCCGAAUCUCUCUUCCCUUCUCUCUCUCCACCAUCAUCACCACCAUCUUCAUCCUCUGCUUCUUCCUCUCCUCCUCCUCCUCCUCCUCCUGCUUUCGUCGGAUCAGAGGGGAGAAGAGAAGAGAUCGCCUGUGAAUUUCCCGAACCCGGUCUACAAGUAUGGUGUUCUGGGUUUUUGGUUAUGGUUCACUGGUGUGGAACCCCGGAUUUGAGUUCGAUGAGAAAAUUAUGGGCUUUAUCAAGAAUUAUAAGCGUGUGUUUGAUCUUGCGUGCAUUGAUCAUAGAGGUACACCUGACCAUCCUGCUAGGACAUGCACUUUGGAAGAAGCUGAAGGAUCCAUCUGCUGGGGUGUUGCUUAUUGUGUGAGCGGUGGCCCUGAAAGGGAAAGAGCAGCAAUGGAGUAUCUGGAACGGCGAGAAUGCGAGUACGACAAGAAGACUCUGGUUGAUUUUUACAAUAAAGAGGAUAUGUCACAACCGACCUUGCAAGGAGUUAUAGUCUUUACGUCCACUCCAGACAAAAUAUCAAACAAAUAUUAUUUGGGUCCUGCUCCUUUGGAGGACAUGGCAAGGCAAAUUGCAACUGCUUUUGGACCUUGUGGAAACAAUAGAGACUAUCUGUUCCUAAUGGAGAAGGCCUUGUUUGAUAUUGGGCAUGAAGAUGACCAUAUUAUCGAACUCGCAAAUGAAGUAAGGAAAGUCCUCGGAACUGCAGGGAAGAUUGAUAAGAAGUUGGUUGGGCCGUCCCGCAUCCCAUUGAAGGACAACGUACCGUCCCUGAAACUGCGUCCGCUUCAGGAAGCCAUAGCCACGGACUCCUUAUGAACGAAAGCCGACAAUCGGAGCUGAGUGUCGCUCGGAGGCUUUCUCAACUUGAUUACUAAUGUCUUCAUCGACUCUUCGUUACUCGAAACUUUUUUUUGUAUUUUUUUCAGCACUCAAACCAGACUUUUAAUCUUACCCACUCUGUUAACAUGCCUAGAUUAGGUCUAACUUCUGAGGACCAAGGUUUUAGGAAUCAAUAAACUCAAAUUGUAGGCCACGGAGAGAAAUGGUGGUCUCAAAGAGGACGCAUUAGAAUGUUUCAAUCUGUUGUAAUGCUGCCAGAGACUAUGUCAUGUUUCUGUUCAAGCGAA